GGUCGCGUCGCGGCGUCCCGUGUCCGCGCCGUGUCCGCGCCGUGUCCGUGUCCGCCUCGGUGUCCGCGCGUGUCCGAAGAGUGACGCCGAGCCUCGGCCCAUGGUGACGUCAUCAUGGCCGCCCUGGAGGUGCUGGCCGUCGCCCUGAUGCUCGCCGUCGUCUGUCCCCCAGGCUGCUCGUCGCUGCACAUCGGCCAGCUGCAGGUCCCCGGCCCCAUCCGCAACGGCAGCGUCAAGGACGUGGUCCUGGACUGCGACUACGAGGCCACCAAGGCCGACGUCGGCAUCGUCAUCAAGUGGUUCCUCAACCAGCUGGCCGACCCCAAGGCCGACCCCAAGGGCGAGCCCACGCUGGUGUACCAGUGGAUUCCGGGCAGAAUACCCCAGGCCCUGGGUCCGCUCAAGGGCAGGGUGAACCUGGGCUACCGCGCCACGGACGAGCCCUCCACGAGGCACCGCGCGCUCAACAUCGUCAACCCCACCAUCGAGCUGAGCGGCGAGUACCGCUGCCAGGUGUCGUCCCUGGACGGCGAGGACAGCCGCGCCAAGAAGAUGAUCAUUUACGUGCCGGAGGACAACCUGGAGCUGACGCAGAGCAAGGCCUCGGAGGAGGGCCAGAUCAGGCUGUCGUGUGAGGCGGACGGCGUCUUCCCCAGGCCAACGCUCACCUUCAUCCAGAAGCCCGUCGACUCCUUGAACGCGACGGUGAUGGAGGGCGCCGAGGUGCGCGUCACGGACCGCCUGGACGGCCUGUUCGACAUCGAGGCCGACAUGGUGGUGGACGCGGCCGCGCUGGACGACGGCCCCGAGAUGGUGUUCGGCUGCGACCUGGAGAUCCCGGACGCCGACAUCCGGCUCGUCAAGUGGGAGCGCUACGAGUCGAGGCGGCCCACCACCACGACCACCACCACCACGGACCCGCCCCCCGACGACGAGGGCGCGGCAGACGCCGACGGCGUGCCCAUGGAGAGCAUGCACCGCGCCGCGGACGGUAAGGAGCGCAAUGGCAUCCCGCAGCACGUGCACGACGUGCACGACGUCCAAUGCAUGGAAAAUGGCACAGCUUCCGCCUUAAAGUUCCGCAGCUUCCGUCUCAUGCACAAGUUCAAAGCCAUGUGCGGCAGAUUCUCCGGCGCGGCGGGCUUGGCGCUAGCUUCCAAGCGACUCUCUCUCCUCCUGCCGGCCAGCCUGGCGUCCAGCCUGUCGGUGUGGGCAUGGUCUUCGCGGCCGCGGCUCUGAGCGAAGGGCCGACAGGGCCGACAGGCAGGGCCCAAGGGCCUCCCCGCCGAU